AUGGCUCAUCAAUCUCGAACUAUGCACCCCGCAGCAUCGUCCAACAGCGUGCCUACUAUAAACUCCACCCCAAACUUCAAGCGGUCAAUCACUUCAUACUCCACGCGAGACGAUCCCACAGGCACGAAUCCAAAUACUCCAAGCCACACCUCAGUCACACAACUGAGUGACCAACAGCAAGUCAAAGCAACCCUCACAAACAUCCUCAACGAUGAUCGCGUUAAGCACAAUCCAAACGGCAGUCGCUGUGUCCAAAAUAUACUCCUAGAAAACGAGCACGACAUGAGAAAACAACGGAAACAAUCACUCGGCGCGCAUGAUGCCAAAUGA